AUGCCCGAACGUAAAGAAUCAGUUGAUAGUUUUGAUGAUUUUUUUGGUGUACAAAAAACAAAUGAUGAACAAAAGAAACCUCCAAUUAAAUCUAAACAAGAUGCUACACCACCAACUGCAGCUACUAGUAAAACUCAACCAGUUGUCAAACGUCCAACAACACCUGAGGAUCGAAGACUUUCAACACCAGAAAUAAAACCGAAAGUAGAUACAAUAAAAACAUUAGUAAAAACAAACGGGCAUAGAGCAGCAUCACCAAUUAUGACAAAAAGACCUGAAUCAAGCAAAUCAAAAGUUUAUGAAUCAGAUUUUGAUGAAGAUCAUGAUUAUGAUGAUCAAGAAAGUACAGAUGGAAGACAACAACACAGUUCAUUACCACCACCGAAACAGCGUACAUUUGAUGGACCUCGUCGUGGUAGUGAAUCUGAGUUGAAAAAAUCAUAUAUAGUUAAACCAGAGAAGAAACCUAAAACUAAUAAUAAUAAUAAUAAUAAUCAACGUAAACAACCAUUAUUACCAGUUAUUCGACCACAACAACCUCGUCGAACACUUACUAUACCUCGUUCUCGUGUAGAAAAUGUUUCAGCAUCACCUAAAACUGAAGUAGAACAACGUGUUUUAUCAGCACAUGAUUAUAAAUUAAAAAGUCUUGAAUCGCGUCUUGCAGAAUUACGUCGUGAAUUAGAAGCACAACGUAUGGAAAAUGCUACAUUACGUACAAUUCAAAGACGUGAAGAAAAAGCUCUUAGAACUCAUGAAGAAAAAAAUUAUGACGUUCAUAGUAUUAUACAAAAUUAUACAAAAGAAGUAGAUCAUAUCAAAAAAAAUUUAGCUACUGAACGUGAAACAAAAGCAAGACUUGAAAAACAAAUUGAAGCUCGGGAUGAAAAAUUGCAAGAUCAAUCAAAACGUCUUAAUCAAUAUGAAAAGGUCGUACGAGAAAAAAAUCUUGAAGAACGUUAUGAAUUAAAAGAAAAAUUAAAUGAAACAGAUAAGAAAUUAGAAGAAUUUCAAGCAAAAUUAGCUCAACAACAAAAAUAUAUUGACAAUUUAGAAAAAAAUCAUCGCUAUGAAAUUAAUCAAGAAUUAAUAAAACAACGUGAAUUAAAACGAGAAUUAGAUGCUCGUUCUACAAAAUAUAAGGAUUUAGUAGUUAAAUUUGAAGAUAAAACACGACAAAUGGAUUCAAUGCACAUGUAUGCUCAACGUCCUGGUGGUACAAAUCGAUCAGAUUCACCAUCGAGCUUGUCAAAAGCACGUUCAUUACAAUCACUUCAUAAUACACCACCACGUAUACGAGAGGGAACAGUUGAUCUUGGUAAAAAGAGACAGGAACCAGAACAAAAAUCAAAACCACGUCAACAACGAUCAUCUUCAAAUGAUAAACGACAAGAACCAGAACAAAAACCAAAACCACGUCAACAACCAUCUUCUUCAAAUGAUCAAGAACAGAAAUCAAAACCAAAACAACAACAACAACAACCAUCUUCUUCAAAUAAUAGUUCACCAAAACAUGAAAAGAAUAAAACUAUUCCGAAAAAAGAACCACAACAAAAUACGUCAACUACGAAAAAUUCAUCUAAUAUUGAAAAACCAUCAACAAUACAAAAUGGUCAUUUACCACCGAAAGGAAAACCUGUCGCACGUCGAUUAUCAACACCAAAGAGUGUAGAGGAAGACAAGAGUGAUAUCGAUGAUGACACUUUCUUUGCAACAGGAUCGAAAAAAUUACCACCACCAACAACUAUUCAACGAGGCGAACAACAUCUAUCUAGUACAGAUAAUCCAAAACGUCCACCUGUACCUAUUCCACCUAUUCAACCUGCAAACGAUUCAAAAUAUAAAUCAUCAAGAACUAGUGGAAAUACAACAGCAUCAUCAAAUCUUAAAAUAGCUGAACCAUUAGUAGCACCAAAACCUCGUGCAACACGUGAACUAGAUGAAAAAUGGACGGAUAUGUUUGGAUCAAAUAAACAAGACAACUCAGCCAAAGAAGAUCUACUUGCUAAAUUAGUUGCUGAUGAACAACAAGAACGAAAACAAGCUGCUGCUACUACUUCUCAGCCAGCACGUUCAACAACAACAUAUCCAACAACAACACCAACAACAACCAAACCAUCUGCGGAUCCAUUUGAAUCUCUUUUUAAUGGUAAUUCAAAUAAACCUACAGCAUCUCGUACUAAAGAACCUGAAGAUAUAUUUUCAACAAAAUCAUCAAGUCAAUCAACUCGACCAACUAAAAAUGAUUCAUUUGAUUCAUUAUUUGGUCCAUCAUCUACAGCAAAUAAUUCCACUUCAGUUUCUUCACAAAAUGACAAAUUACAAAGACCAAAAGUAGUUACAAAUGCAGUACGAUCAAUACCAAAUAGAACAGUUAUCGAUGAACUUGAAGAAUUUAAUUUGUGA